AUGCCACACCACACACAGCCUCAGCUAUCAUACACGAUGGUCUCGUCCAAUACAGCUACAACAGCCUAUCUGCUGGGGAACCUUCACUGCCCAUCAUGUGUGACCCUCAUCAAGUCUCUUCUGCAGGAGACAUUUGGUGACAAGAUUGUUUGGGUAUCACCAAAUCUGGUGACAUCCAUUGUAACAGUUGAGCACGAUGACCAUUCGCCCGACUUUGUCCGUGCCAUCGGCAAGACGCUUGAAAAUGUCGGCUUCGAGAUUUGUGGAGUCGAUACCACUGCCUCUGGCGCCGAAGAGCUGAACAACAAUCCUCAAAGCGAUGACAUGCCUGACAGCGGCGGCCUCUUUGACAGCUGGUCUAGUUUGUGGGCGCAAAAGCAGCCGGCGCCGGCUGUAGAGGCCACCAGAGCUGCGCAUCUAGAGAAUUGCGAGGCGUGUAAAGCACACAGACCACACGAUGAAGAAGAUGCCGAUCAGAAACUAAAGUCGUCCUUCUCGUUUUCGAGCCUACGCAAAGACCAGGCCAUCGACACCAUCGACACAAUACCGCUUGAUGGCGUUGUCACCGGAGAUGAGAGUCAGCCCCCCUUAUGGCGAGCGACGGUGUCUGUUGGCGGAAUGACCUGCGCGGCUUGUGUUACCGCUAUUACAGACGAGUUACAGAAGCUCUCCUGGGUGUCAAAGGUUGCCGUCAACCUGGUCGGGAACAGCGCCACGAUCGAUUUUGUCGGCCAGGAAAAAGAGAAGGAGCUUGUCGAAGCUAUUGAAGACCUUGGUUACGAUGGUGCAAUUGAUCAGGUGGUUAACCUCAAUGAGAAAAAACCCUUGUCAGAUGAACGACAUGUGGAAAUCAGAAUCGAUGGCAUAUUUUGCCCCCGUUGCCCUCAAAGAAUCAGCCAGACCUUGAAGAGCUUCGGCACCCAUGGUGUACAGAUCCUGGCCCAUCCGUCUAUGGAGCACCCCGUUCUGAAGCUGCGUUAUAUUCCAAACUCACCUCAAUUUACUGUGCGCCACAUCCUGAAGAGCAUCGAGGCCACAGAUCCAUCUCUUAGGGCAAAAAUAUACCACCCGCCUACGCUUGAAGAACGGUCUAGGGCCAUUAGGGCGAAGCAUACUCGACAGCUGUUCUACAGAGAGAUCUUGACCAUCGUUCUGGCCAUUCCCACAUUCGUUCUGGGUAUAGUAUACAUGAGUCUUGUGCCAGACUCCAACUCCACCAAGCAUUUCCUGAUGAAGCCGUGGGUAUCUGGUCUUAGCCGUGUAGAGAUCAUCCUCUGCCUUCUCGCCACCCCCGUGUACUUUUUUGCAGCCGACGUCUUCCAUGUUAGAGCCAUAAAAGAGCUGAGGACACUAUGGCGGCAUAGCAGCCGUACGCCGUUCUUGCAGCGAUUCUACAAAUUUGGCAGUAUGAACAUGCUCAUGUCUCUCGGAACAAGCAUUGCGUAUUGGUCUUCUAUCGGCCAGAUGAUUGCGGCGGGAGCUGAUGGCGAUGCUGAUAUCCCCGAGGAUCGGUUCUAUUUCGACUCUGUGGUCUUCCUGACCCUCUUCCUCCUCGCCGGUCGGCUGAUCGAGGCCUACAGCAAGUCCAAAGCAGGUAAUGCGGUGGAAGCCCUGGCAAAGCUGAGGCCGACUACUGCUCUGCUGAUAGAGCAAGAUAAGCUGCAAGGCCAAAUCACUAUGACGAUAGACAUGGACCAACUGGAACACGGAGAUGUUAUUCGAGUGCCUCACGGCUCAUCACCGCCAGUUGAUGGUGUGAUUUUGUCUGGCGAGACGACAUUUGAUGAAUCAAGUCUGACAGGUGAAUCACGGCCUAUCAAGAAGGGCGAAGGAGAUGAGGUGUUUGCGGGAACCGUCAACAAGGGAUCUGCUGUGGUGGUCAAGGUCACAGGAACUUCUGGCAAGUCUAUGCUUGAUCAAAUUGUCGAGGUCGUCAGAGAAGGACAAGCAAAGAGAGCACCAAUGGAACAGGUAGCCGACCUUUUGACGUCUUACUUUGUCCCAGUGGUGACUCUGAUAGCCAUCAUCACAUGGGCUGUCUGGAUGGCGCUCUCGUUUACCCAUAACGUGUCAAGCGAUGAGUUGGAUUCAUCAGGAGGUUCAACCGCAUUUGCGUUUCAGUUUGCUAUUGCCGUGUUUGUUGUGGCUUGCCCGUGUGGACUGGGUUUGGCUGCUCCAACGGCGAUUUUCGUUGGAGGAGGUCUCGCAGCCAAGUACGGAAUCUUGGUCAAGGGCGGCGGUGAGGCGUUUGAGAAAGCCAGCAAGGUGGGCUGCGUGGUCUUUGACAAGACGGGAACGCUCACGGUUGGAGGAGAGCCUCAAAUUACAGACUCUGCCCUUUUCCCUGAUGGAACCAUCGAUGGACUCAGCGAAGGGACUCUCCUCUCUGCUAUGAAAGCUACAGAAGAAAACAGCAGUCAUCCCAUUGCAAAGGCCAUUGUUGCAUUCUGCAAGACGGAUGCCAAGCCGGUUGAGCUCGAGCAGAUUGAGGAGUUGCCGGGCAAGGGCAUCAAGGCCAGCUGUAAGAACCAGCCUUUCGACAUUGCCGUGGGCAACGAGAGCCUGAUGAAGGACUUGUCUGCCCGGAUAUCUUCCAAUGUUGGGAGCCUGCUGGAAACGUGGAAACAGGAGGCCAAAUCUGUCGCUCUCACCGCAACACGGCUCCAUGACGGCGGCAAGUGGACAGUCACUGCUGUCCUCUCAAUCUCAGACCCCAUCCGCGAAGAGACGCUCCCAGUGCUUGAGGCGCUGCAAAAGCGUGGGGUCGAGGUAUGGAUGCUCUCAGGAGACAAUGUGACGACGGCGCAGGCUGUGGCUCAGAGGGUGGGCAUUCCUACUUCCAACGUGCUCGCGGAGGUCUUGCCCUCGGAAAAGGCGGCCAAGAUCAGUUAUCUCCAAGGCUCGAUGGGCAGUAACGGUCAGCGUCCAAUGGUAGCCAUGGUGGGAGACGGCAUCAACGACUCGCCCGCGCUUACGACCGCGGACGUGGGCAUUGCCAUUGGCUCCGGCAGCGACGUGGCUAUUUCGAGCGCCGACUUUGUGUUGGCCACGUCGAACCUGCACUCCGUGCUGACGCUCCUAGACCUCAGCCGCGUUGUCUUCCGCCGCAUCAAGAUCAACUUUGGAUGGGCAGCGGUGUACAACGUGUGUGCGAUUCCCAUUGCGGCCGGAUGCUUGUACGCCAUCAAGACGUCGAGCGGCUCGCACGUCAAGCUGGACCCCGUGUGGGCGUCGCUGGCAAUGGCUCUUUCGAGUAUCAGUGUGGUAUUGAGCAGUCUGAGCCUGAGGACCAAGAUUCCCUGGCUUGGGUUUCGCAACCAGCAAGUUGUAUAAUUCUACGGCGUUAUUGUUUAAACAUGCAGGGGUUGUUACUAUGUCGAGGCAUACAAGGGUAAUGGGGCAUGGAUUCCACGGAUUGAAUCUUUCUUUAGGACGGGCCAUGUGUUGGUAGUUUUGCAUUGGUACAAGUAUAUGUUAUGCUUUAGUUUAGUUUAGUCUGAAUCCUUCAAUGGCAGCCUGUUGUUGAUUUUC